AUGGACUCCCAAGGCCCUGACUCAUCCAUGCCCUUCGACUCCCACCUGGACAUUUCCGACGUCAUGCUUAGCACCAAAAACGCCCGGCUGCCCCUAUUCCUGUUUGAGCAACUCGACCUCGUCGUUCCACAUCUCGCCGUCGAGGACAGGGAGAGAUGUGUACCCAUGCUGCUGUUCACAGCCCAGAUCCCAACGGAUCUUGACACGAUUAUACAACUCAAUGAUAGACCCCAAGGACGCCUUGGUGCAACUUUUGGAAGAUUAUUCAUGGAUAACCCCGGAUUUUUGGUCAGAUACAAACUCAUGCAGUACCUCGGGCUGAGUGGUGGAUUUGACCGUCGCUAUUUCGAAAGACCACGUCCCUAA